CCUACUUCUCUCCGACUCUGUCAAACUAUUAACUCUGCUUACGCUUCCUUUGUCUUCCUCAAUCUCCCUCUCUGAGACGUAAGCUACGCUACAGUCGAGAUGCAUUGCAAUUUCAUCUCUGAUUUUAAGCUGCUUCUGCUCUCAAGAGAACCCUCUCCCAAGUCUCCUAGAAGUAAUUAUCAUAAUGUCUUGAAGAAGGGAAAAUCCAUUCCCUUUCCCUCACCUUGAAUGCAAAAUAGCAGCAGGAACAAUAGAACUUGAUAUGAGAUUGUUUCUCCUGUGAGAAUUAUGGCUUCUUCUCAGAGAAAUUUGCACUCUGAAACUACUAAAAUCGAGCUGAUAAUUACUGAGUUUUUUGUUAAAAGUCUACACAUUAUAAUCCAAUCGACAUCUCCUUGUGUGUCUUCGCGGACUUAUAGCGGAGAACAGACCCUGUCAUCUCCAUCUUCGUCGUCUUCAUCAUCAUCGAGCGUCAGGCCGAGGGAUAAAUUGUUCAACUUAGCUCUUCGUGAUUGUCCCGAUGCAUUAGAUAAAUUUGAUCUCUGGCGACAGAGCAUUCUGGAACCGAUGGUGGUCGACGUGAUUUUGGUGCAGAUACACACGGAUUGGGAUGUUCACCGUUGUUCUCCAAGAUGGGAUCUUGUGAGAAAUCGGAAUUAUUGGAAUUCUGGACAGGAAGACUAUAUGCAGGAGAUGAGGAGCGAAAAGAUUAUAGAGAGAUGGGUUGUGCAAUAUGAGAGUCGAAGGAGUAGGGAUUCUUCAAGCUCAGGGAGCAAGAGAAAGGGCAGUAGUAGUUCCCAUUCGUUGGAUAAGAAAUCACGUAUAUUAUUAAGGUCCUUGUAUCUGACCAUUAGACUCUUACCUGCUUAUAAGCUCUUCAGAGAGCUCAAUUCCUCCGGCCAAAUCCGCUCAUUUAGCCUUGCACAUAAGGUGUGUUCCUAUGGUGAACCCUUAACGCGUAGAGAGGAAGCAGAAAUGCAGAAGUUCGAUUUUGUACCGGUAGAUAUUUCUCAUGGCAGGCUUUCCCUUUCUGUUUUUUAUCAUCCAACACUUUCAAAUGUAAGCUUGGAACCUUCAGUGCCAUUGUCCACACAGUUCAUACCAGAUUAUGUGGGGAGCCCAACAACUGAUCCUCUUAAAAGGUUCCCUUCUCCUCUGAUUGGAUUGGCAUCGGAUGGUUCUCUUGCUGCAUUUGGAUGGCGGCAUAGUUGGAGUUACGACAAUUUCAAAGCUUCUGCACCUUCAGAGUCUGCUUUACAUUCAGCCACAUACUUUGAACCUCAUGUAGAACCUUCUAACUUGAGUUCCAAUCGGCUACCACCUUUGAGCUUACCUCGCCAUCUACCUGAAACUCCUAUAUCUCAUAAGAAUGCUAGUUUUGAUCAGUAUUGGCCAUCACCUAUUAUAUCUCCAUCGCCUUCACCAUCCCCACCUACCCACUAUUCCGGUAGUCAUUCAUCCCAGGUUCUUUUGUGCUCUGAAAAUGCUCCGGUCAGCAGACCUGCAGCUAAGCUUGGGAGGACCCCAGAGGUAUCUAACAGCCACAUCCUGCCUCCAUAUUCUUCUCCUAAAAGCACGAGACUUGGUUCUUGUCAGGUUGAUACUGCUAGAUCUCCAUUCAAAUCCGAAGAGGUUCAAGGCAGCAUUACUGUUCAGAAGAUGUACUCUUCUGGAAAAGAUGAGGCUGGGAUUCUGUCUGGAGCAAAGAUAUCAUCCAACAGUUCACCUCAGAUUUCAUUUUCCAGGAGCUCCAGUAGAUUGUCUUUCCAGUAUGAUUUUGAUGAUUCUGAUUUUUGCCCGUUAGCUGUUGACAAUGAUGAUAUAAUGGAUCCACAUUCCAGAGCUGAAUCUUUUGAUGGGAAAGGAAAUCCCAGCGACCCUUUUGAAUCUGGAUGGCUAUUGCCUGCCAAAAUAUCCCAAGAGGCUGCUGUGGGUGUUCUUGUACAGAGGCUAAAGACAGCAGGACCUCUCCGCUAUGACUUCUCCAACUCGAGCAGGCCAUUACAAGUCUCUAAGCCUGAAACCCAGAACAAAAGCAUCCAAGAUCCUGAUAGCACCUCCAAAUCCAAGGCAGGAGCAGUUCAUAAUACUUCCUCUUGUUCAGGUCUCACACCCUCUGGACUUCAUAUAUCAAGGACAACUGCCGAUGCUUUGAAAGAGCUCCAGAGUUACAGAGAAAUGAUGGAUUUGUCACUUAGGAAAGGUAAUGGAUCACCGGCAUUAGCCCGUGAUGUGCCUGCAGUAGAAAUUAUGAGCAGAGGUACAAAGGGAUUUGAGCUCUUGUAGCCAUGGAUCCUUUCUCACACAUGUAUAUUAUUUGCUUCUAGUUUUUUAUUCGUUCAGGAACGAAUUAUGUUGCAGCAUGCUAGUUUCCUUUACUGAUUUGUGAAAAAUGUAUAUGCCAACAUAAGAGUAGAAUUCAUAGCAGGAUUGAUUCUUGUAUAAAGGAAACUUAUCUCAUAAAUGAUGUCCGACUAUUAAUGAUGUA